UAAAAAUUGCUUUAGACUGUGUUUUGAUUUCUUGCUCAAAUAAUCUGGACAUCUAAUAGUUUUUCUCAAGACCUGCAGUUAUGAACCAAUCGAGACGUCAAUUCAAACAGCUGAUAAAGAGGCGAUCGAGUCUUUUCGCUAGCGUUAAACUCAAUACCAGCUUCUCACAUAGCAUCGAGGGAGAGGACUGUGCUUUUCCUUUUUCACAGGACAGUUCUGUUAAACCAUGGACAUCAAUGGACAGACUCGACAGUCCAGCGAAUAAAGUAGAAGAUUUAAAAAAUACAAGUAAAGAAAAUAAAUGUAAUGAAACAAAGCCACUACACAGGCAUUCAGGAAUGCUAAGCCUUAAUGUAGGUGGAAAAUUGUUUCAUCUUUCCAAACAUUUAGCCAUUAAAUAUCCUCAAUCACGAAUCGGGGCUUUAGCUGUGUGUUCAGAUCCUGUAAAGCGUCUGACACUCUGCGAUGAUUACUGCGUGAUCAAAAAUGAAUUUUUCUUUGACCGAGACCCAACGUUCUUCCACUACAUCUUCCACCUUUACUACAGUAACAUGCUGUGGGUGAUGGAGAGCGUGUGUCCCAUUCACUUUGAGGAAGAAAUUGAGUUUUGGGGUUUAAACCUGAAUGACACGCCUUGCUGCUGUCGAAUCCUGUACGAGGAAAAAGUGGAUGAAAUUCGAGACCAGCUUAAGGUGAAUAAAGAACUGAUGGCUGAAAUUGAGCCUGUUCACAAUGAUGAAGGAUUUAAAACAAUGUUUCUGGGUGAUUUUCGUAAGACUCUUUGGGAUUUAAUGGAAAAUCCAUACUCGUCAGUGGGAGCAAAGUUUUUCGCUGUGUUGUCCACCACCUUUGUGCUCAUCUCAAUUGUGGCCAUGACUCUAAACACAGUGAGUGAACUGACAGAAUAUAAAAUUUAUGGAAGAACCUACAUGGAGUUUGUUGAAAUCAUGUCAAUUCUCUUCUUCACCACUGAGUAUUUCCUUCGUCUCUUGACCACCUGCAAUGUGAAGAAUUUCCUGAAAAGUGGCCUGAACUUUGUGGACUUGGUAGCGGUGAUGCCAUAUUUUAUCCAGCUGGUGUUUGAGAUGUUUUCUGAUCAGGAAGAUCUCAGUGUUCAAGACGACCUCAAAACAAUGGCACGAGUGAGCAAAGUCAGCAAAGUACUGAAAAUUGUCAAAUUGAUGAGAAUUUUUCGCAUUCUAAAAUUAGCAAGACACUCAACAGGAAUGCGAGCUUUUGGUUUCACUCUGCGUCAGUGUUUCGAGCAGGUGUGCUGCUUAUUUUUAUUUAUUAUUAUGGGAAUCUUUGUUUUUUCGGCUCUAAUGUACUCGGUGGAACAGGACGUGAUGGGAACUCCGUUCAGCAGCAUUCCAGAUACGUGGUGGUGGGCAGCAGUGAGCAUCUCCACAGUGGGUUACGGCGAUGUGAUUCCAGUUUCAUUUUCUGGUUGUGUUGUGGCAUUCGGCUGCAUUUCAUUCGGGAUUAUUUUAAAUGGAAUGCCAAUUUCUAUACUCUUUAAUAAAUUUUCAGAUUAUUAUGCCAAACUCAAAGCACAGGAAUAUACCAACACUAAAGUCCAGCACAGUCUGCACCUCAGAAAACGCCUACAACGAAAGUUUGAGAAUUGUUUUAAUCCUCAAGACAUUGAAACAGACAGCGAAUUUCAACCUCAAAGAUGAAACUUUACACAGUGGUUUAUUAUAAUCUGAUCGAAUGGGUUGAUCCUGAAUUUCUGUCAGUAGUGUUUAAUCAUUAUUAAGUGCUUUAAAGCAAAUAUUCACUUUAAUAAAAGUUCUCAUUUUGGUUGUAGGUAAAUAUUUGUGGUCAAUAAGUUAUUAAUGUUAUUAGGUGUGUAUUAGGUGUAUACUAAUCACCAUCAUGAUGUUCUCAAAAGUUUAAUAGAACUUAUUUUGAAAUAAUAUAGUAGAUGAUAUUUAACACAUCUAUUAAUGUAAGUCUUAAAACUGAACAUUUAAACAUGCACCAAUCUUCUUUGUGGAGAUUUAAUUUAUGUCCCAUACAGUCGAAGUGAUUUAAGGAUAAAGUGUUAAUCAGCUUUAAGACUUAAUGCAUUAACGGACGAACUGGUGAGUCUUUAACAAAGCCUGCAGUGUGAAAAUUUCUGAAAAUGUCUCACACUUAAUAAAUAAAAAUGUCAGUAAAUAAAAGGGUUUUUUUUUAACUGAAUUUCAAAUUUUUUUUGUAAUUUGAAAGUUAUAGCACUAUACCAACUCUGUGACCUGAACAUUUUAUAUUAAAUUUCAAAUUAAAUGACAUUUUGUACUCCUGAACUCCUGACAUUUUCUGGUGUUUAUACACACACACACACACACACACACACACACACGCACGUCCUGCUGCUCUGCCCUGGAGAUGUCCCUUACCUGCUCGUUAUUUUUUGUUAUUAAUAAACCUGUAUUUAUCUGUGUAGCUCUUUAUCAUGUGCUUAGCUGAUUUACUGUGUGCCAGUGUUCAAGAUGUUUCUACAGUGCAUCCGGAAAGUAUUCACAGCGCUUCACUUUUUCCACAUUUUGUUACAAACAAUACCCCAUAAUGACAACAUGAAAGAAGUUUGUUUGAAAUCUUUGCAAAUUUAUUAAAAAUGAAAAAACAAAAAAAGCACAUUUACAUAAGUAUUCACAGCCUUGUGCCUUAAGUGAAGCGCUGUGAAUACUUUCCGGAUGCACUGUAUGUCUGGUUCUGCCUGGAAAACUCUCUCUGUGUGAAUAAAUAGAGUCAUG